UUACUCUAUUUCCUUCAGAUUGCCCUACUUAAAUUCUUUGAGGCUGUUCUACCGAAAGGUAUUGUACUAAAGUGUCCAAAUGGCUGCUUUUGAAGAGUUUGGUGUUCUGCCUGAGCUUGCAAAAGCCAUUGAGGAGCUGGAAUGGACUCUGCCCACAGAUAUCCAAGCCGAAAGUAUUCCUCUGAUGCUUGGAGGUGGCGACAUUCUCAUGGCUGCUGAGACUGGCUCGGGAAAAACUGCCGCCUUCUGCCUGCCAAUUAUCCAAAUAGUUUGGGAAACUCUAAAGGAUAUUCAGUCGGGAAAAGCCAGCAAAGCUGCAACUGCCAUCUCUCCUGCUUGGACGUUGUCCACUCACGAUCGAGGUAACGCGCUUGCUGUCGCCCCCGACGGUUUACGGGUGCAAUCCCGCGAUGUUAAAGACUGGCACGGAGUCAGGUGCACCAGAGGCAUAAGUGGAGGCGGAAAAUGGGGCUUUGAAGCCACCAUCGCGGAUGAGGGCCUUUGCCGGAUGGGCUGGGCCACUUUGAAUGCCACUCUGGAAUUGGGAACUGAUAGAUUUGGUUGGGGCUUUGGAGGCACCGGCAAGAAGUCAAACAACCGCAAAUUCGAUACUUAUGGCACAGCUUUUGGAAAGUCCGACGUAAUCACUUGUCUGGUGGAUUUGGAUGCUGGCGAAAUUAGCUUUAUGAAGAACGGCACUCAUUUGGGGCUGGCUUUUUCUGGUGUCAAUACGAAAGAGCCCGUGUUUCCGGCCGCUGUUUUAAAGAAUGCAGAAAUGUCGUUUAACUUUGGCGAUCACCCUUUCAAGCACAAUUUGCCCGAGAAGUUCCUACCUUUAGCGUCCGCCCCAAAAGACAAAGUGGUGAUGAACACUAACACAGGCAGUGGAAGCAGCGAUGGACUCGUCAAACUGGCGAAUAACGCGCCGCAAGCCCUCAUAAUUGAACCGUCCCGCGAACUGGCCGAGCAAACCAGCAAUCAGAUAAAGCUCUUUAAGAAAUACAUUGAAAAUCCCUGCAUUAAGGACCUGCUGGUUAUUGGCGGCUCGAAUAUCAAGGAGCAGAUGUCGAUUUUGCAGAACUCCGGGGUGGAUAUUGUGGUUGGAACCCCUGGCCGAUUGGAGGAUUUAAUUCAAGGCGGAUACAUGUCGUUGGCGAAUUGCAGGUUUUUCGUGCUGGACGAAGCAGAUGGCCUGCUCAAGCAGGGUUACACUGAUUUCAUUGAGCGACUGCACAAGCAAAUGCCCAAAAUCACUGCGGAUGGCAAAAGGCUGCAGAUGAUCGUUUGCAGUGCCACUUUGCAUGAUUUUGAGGUGAAGAAAAUGGCCCAAAAAUUAAUGCACUUCCCCACUUGGAUUGACUUGAAAGGCGAAGACGCUGUUCCCGAAACUGUCCAUCAUGUGGUGGUUCAAGUGGACCCGCAAAAUGAUCGAACCUGGCAAAAUAUUCGAAAACACAUCACAACUGACGGUGUGCACCACCAGGACAACGUGAAGCCUGGCGAUAACAGUCCCGAAACCCUGAGUGAAGCAGUGAAAAUCCUUAAGGGCGAUUAUGUGGUAAAGGCGAUAAUGGAGCACCAGAUGGACAAGGCGAUCAUUUUCUGCCGCACCAAGUUGGACUGCGACAAUCUGGAACAAUACUUGAAAGAAAUCGAUCCGUCCUAUACGUGCGUGUGUCUGCAUGGUGACCGCAAGCCGCACGAACGGAAGGCCAAUUUGGAGCUUUUUAAAAACAAUGAAGUCAAGUUCCUCAUUUGCACCGAUGUGGCUGCCAGAGGCCUGGAUAUUGUUGGCCUACCUUUCAUGAUCAACGUGACUCUUCCCGACGAAAAGUCGAAUUAUGUGCACCGAAUUGGCAGAGUUGGACGAGCCGAUCGCAUGGGAUUAGCCAUCAGCUUGGUCAGCACUGUUCCAGAAAAGGUAGGCAAAAUUUUAAAGAACAAAAAUAAUUGAUUGCG